GAGAGAGAUCAAAAUGUGGAGGCUGAAGAUAGGAGAUGGAGGGAAAGAUCCGUAUAUAUUCAGUACAAACAACUUUAGUGGAAGGCAAAUAUGGGAAUUUCAUGCUGAUGAAGGAACUCCAGAAGAACGAGCUGAAGUUGAAGCUGCUCGUCAAAACUUCUACAAUAAUCGAUUCAACCUCAAGCCCUGUGGAGACCUUCUAUGGCGAUUUCAGUUCUUGAGGGAAAAGAAUUUCAAACAAACAAUACCAAGGGUGAAGAUAGAGAAAGGAGAGGAAAUAAGUGAUGAAAAAGUUGGUAACACUGUGAGAAGGGCAACUCAUUAUCUAAGCGCAUUGCAAUCAAAAGAUGGUCACUGGCCUGCUCAAAUUGCUGGACCUCUCUAUUUCAUGCAACCUCUGGUAUUUUGCUUAUAUAUUACUGGUCAUCUUCAUGCUGUGUUCCCAGAAGAAUAUCGUAAAGAAAUCCUUCGAUACCUAUACUAUCACCAGAAUGAAGAUGGAGGGUGGGGCCUACACAUAGAGGGACAGAGUACCAUGUUCUGUACUGUGUUGAGUUAUAUAUGCAUGCGAAUGCUUGGAGAAGGACCCAAUGGAGGCCAAGACAAUGCUUGUUUUAGAGCCCGAAAAUGGAUUCUUGAUCAUGGUGGUGCCACCUACAUACCCUCUUGGGGAAAGACUUGGCUAUCAAUACUUGGAUUGUUUAAGUGGUGUGGAAUAAAUCCAAUGCCACCAGAGUUCUGGCUCCUUCCAUCGUUCCUUCCUAUGCAUCCAGCGAAAAUGUGGUGUUAUUGCCGCUUGGUUUACAUGCCUAUGUCAUAUUUGUAUGGGAAAAGAUUUGUGGGUCCCAUCACACCUCUUAUUCUUCAGCUUAGACAAGAACUCUACCUUCAACCUUACCAUCAAAUUCAGUGGAAUGAAGCUCGUCGCCUUUGUGCAAAGGAAGAUCUUUACUAUCCACAUCCCUUGAUACAAGAUUUGAUAUGGGAUAGUUUAUAUACAUUCACUGAGCCACUUCUUACUCGUUGGCCCUUCAAUAAGUUGGUAAGAGAGAAAGCUCUUCAAGUAACAAUGAAGCAUAUUCACUAUGAAGAUGAAACUAGCCGAUACAUUACUAUUGGCUGCGUUGAAAAGGUUUUGUGUAUGCUAGCUUGUUGGGUUGAAGAUCCGAAUGGAGAUGCCUUUAAGAAGCAUCUUGCUAGGGUUCCUGAUUACAUAUGGGUUUCUGAAGACGGAAUCACCAUGCAGAGUUUUGGAAGCCAACAAUGGGAUGCUGGUUUUGCUGUACAAGCUUUACUUGCCACAGACCAAAUUGACAAAAUUGCUUCUACUCUUGCAAAAGGACAUGACUUCAUCAAGAAAUCUCAGGUUAAGAACAAUCCUUUGGGUGACUUUAAAAGUAUGUACCGUCACAUUUCUAAAGGGUCAUGGACUUUCUCAGAUCAGGACCAUGGAUGGCAAGUUUCAGAUUGCACUGCAGAAGGCUUGAAAUGUUGUCUUCUUUUAUCAAUGUUACCACCAGAGAUUGUGGGUGAAAAGAUGGAACUUGAAAAGCUUUGUGAUUCUGUCAAUCUCUUGUUGUCACUUCAAAGUGAAAAUGGUGGUUUAGCUGCAUGGGAGCCAGUCAAAGCUCAUGAUUGGUUGGAAGUUUUGAAUCCUACCGAAUUUUUCGAAGGCAUCGUAGUGGAACAUGAAUAUGUGGAAUGCACAGGAUCAGCAAUUCAGGCUUUAGUUUUAUUCUCAAAGCUAUAUCCAGGGCACAGAAAGAAAGAGAUUAAAAGCUUCAUUGAGAAAGCUGUGAGGUUCCUUGAAGAUACACAAACAGAAGAUGGCGGAUGGUAUGGUAACUGGGGGGUUUGCUUCAUUUAUGGCACUUGGUUUGCAUUAGGUGGCCUUGUUGCUUCUGGUAAGACUUAUAAUAAUUGUCUUGCCAUUCGCAAAGCUAUCAAUUUUCUCCUCACUUCACAACGAGACGAUGGUGGCUGGGGAGAGAGCUGUCUCUCGAGUCCAAAAAAGAAAUAUAUUCCCCUUGGAGGUAAUAGGUCAAAUGUGGUACAUACGGCCUGGGCUAUGAUGGGUUUAAUGCAUGCAGGACAGGCUGAGAGAGAUCCCACACCUCUUCAUCGGGGAGCCAGGGUCCUAAUCAAUGCUCAAUUGGAGAAUGGGGAUUGGCCCCAACAAGAAAUCACUGGGGUAUUUAUGAAGAAUUGCAUGCUUCAUUAUCCAAUGUAUAGAAAUAUUUAUCCACUUUGGGCUCUUGCCGAAUAUCGCAGGCGGGUUACGUUGGUUUCCAAAUGAAGUUUACUAUAUGUCAUUUUUAAAUAUCUGAUGUGAAGUGAAUGUGGAUCGAUCAAUUCCCCUCAAAAUUGUAGACUCCUAAGUUUUUUCAGAUUGCUUAGCUUUAAAAAAAAGCAUUAUAUAUAUUUUAAUGUCUUCGUGAAAACAUCCACACACAUAUAUACGUGUGGAUAAAUAUUCCACGCACGAAUGGAUCACGGAGAAAUGUGUUUUUUCACUAGCCUUUAGAAAUUUGUUA